AUGCCAGUACAUAAUCCUUAUUCCCUUCAGCAGCCCCCCAAGCUGACUGAGUUCACUGCGGAAGAAAAGGCGCGUCUCAACGUCGAUCUCGCCAAAUAUCUCCCACCAGAGUUUGCUGCCACACGCCCUGGACCCGGACGGUCCACACUCACAUACAUCGAGGGCUGGAGGAUCAAGAAUUUGGCCAAUAAGCUGUUUGGCUUUGACGGUUGGAGCAGCGCUAUCACCGAUGUCACCGUCGACUUCUUGGAUAUCGAUCAUGAAGGCAAGGUGUCUGUGGGUGUCUCUGUCAUGGUCAGGGUCAGCCUCAAGGAUGGAACAUACCAUGAGGACAUUGGAUACGGAUCAAGUGAGAGUCAGAAAAGCAAGGCGUCUUCUUUUGAAAAGGCAAAGAAGGAAGCAACAACAGAUGGAUUGAAAAGAGCACUAACUGCGUUUGGUAACGUCUUGGGAACAUGUCUUUACGACAAGAACUUUUGCAGGCACUUGAGCAUGCAGAAAGUUGACAAGGUACUACGCUCAUUUGAAACAAGGUAUUUCAUUGCUCUGGAGGAAGAAGCGACUGUAACGAAAACUGAAACUUUUAACGAUCUAUUUCUUUUAACGUUUAGCCAAAGUUCGAUAGUAAGGAGAUGUACUACUAUCCAGAAGAGGCGUGGUCAACGCAGCUGUUACAGCAACAGCAUCAAAUCAACCAGGUACAGCAGCAGCAGCAGCAGCAGAAUCAACAGCAACAACAACAACAGCAGGCCCAUAAUCCAUAUCAGCAACAAAACCAACCGCAGCCUCAGCAGCAGUACAAACCACAGCAGCCGCAGCAAGCAGCUUACGGUGCAGGACCGUCAUCAGCAACAUCUAAUAAUGUUGCAAGCGCUCGACAACGGAAUACAGUCCCUGUUCAGCAAGCACCGAAAGCCGCGCCGCAGAUAG